GCGGCAAAGCCGCCGCUCGCGCUGCGGGCAGGAGGCUCCAGGAGGCUCGUGCGUGUGCGGGUUUGCGCCCCUACCGCCGGGUGCGGGCGGAGGUGCGGCGGGCGCGGGACCCCUUUCUUCGCCGGAGCAGCUGGGUAGCGGGGGGCCGCCUGGAGCAGUUGGGGAGCCGCUCGCUCUUCUCCGGGUGGGCAGCGCUCGCCCAUUGUGCCGCCCAGAUGAAGCUUCCCCUCUGCAGCAUCCAUUGCACCUUUCCCGUUCCCCAUCCCCUUGCUACAGCGUGCCCCCUAGCUUCGGCGCUCGGGCGCCGUCCGCCCUCGCGGUGCUGGACGGGAACCCGGGCGGGGAAGCAGCCGUCCUACCCGACGUGGCCGACCUGUCCCAGAGCCGAGUAGUCGAUCCCCAGCUAGACGAGGCGCCCUAAGACCACCCAGCCUCAUUCUAUCGCUGUCUAUGUACAUGUGCCCUGGAUUAUAAUUUAAUUUUGCCUUAGGUGUUAGAUUCACCUAUUAGCUAAGUCUUAUUUCGGUCCUGUAAUUGAUGCAGUUGAUUUACAGGUUAUUCAGCCCGUCUGAUGUUUAAUUUGUAUGGUGAACUGUUACAGAGGUUGCUCUCAAGAUGCCGUUAGUGAAGAGAAACAUCGAUCCGAGGCACUUGUGCCACACAGCGCUGCCUAGAGGCAUUAAGAAUGAACUGGAAUGUGUAACCAAUAUUUCCUUGGCAAAUAUAAUUAGACAACUAAGUAGCCUAAGCAAAUAUGCUGAAGACAUAUUUGGGGAAUUAUUCAAUGAAGCACAUAGUUUUUCCUUCAGAGUUAACUCAUUACAAGAACGUGUGGACCGUUUAUCUGUCAGUGUUACACAACUUGAUCCUAAAGAAGAAGAAUUGUCUUUGCAAGAUAUAACGAUGAGAAAAGCUUUCCGAAGUUCUACAAUUCAAGAUCAGCAGCUUUUUGACCGCAAGACCUUGCCUAUUCCCUUACAGGAGACAUACGAUGUUUGCGAGCAGCCUCCACCUCUCAAUAUACUCACUCCUUAUAGAGAUGAUGGUAAAGAAGGUUUGAAAUUUUAUACCAAUCCUUCAUAUUUCUUUGAUCUGUGGAAAGAAAAAAUGUUGCAAGAUACAGAGGAUAAGAGGAAGGAAAAGAGGAAGCAGAAGGUAUUACAAGAGAUUCCAAAAACUGAACAGAAAAAUCUAGAUCGUCCUCAUGAACCGGAAAAAGUGCCGAGAGCACCUCAUGACCGGCGGAGAGAGUGGCAGAGGCUGGCCCAGGGCCCGGAGCUGGCCGAAGACGACGCUGCGCUCUUACAUAGGCACACCGAAGUGGCUGGUGGCCCAGCCUCUCAUUUUGAAACAAGACCGCAGACAUAUGUGGAUCACAUGGAUGGCUCUUACUCCCUCACUGCCUUGCCGUUUAGUCAGAUGAGUGAGCUGCUGACUAGAGCUGAAGAAAGGGUGUUGGUCAGACCCCAUGAGCCCCCGCCACCCCCACCAGUGCAUGGGGCAGGAGACGCGAAACCCACGCCCACCUGCCUCAGUUCUGCUACAGGUUUGAUAGAAAAUCGCCCUCAGUCACCAGCUACAGGCAGGACACCUGUGUUCGUGAGCCCCACUCCCCCACCUCCUCCCCCACCUCUCCCAUCUGCCUUGUCGACUUCUUCACUAAGAGCGUCGAUGACUUCGACGCCCCCCCCACCGGUGCCUCCCCCCCCUCCCCCUCCAGCCGCCGCCCUGCAGGCCCCAGCAGUGCCGCCCCCUCCAGCCCCUCUUCAGAUCGCCCCCGGAGUUCUUCACCCAGCUCCUCCCCCCGUCGCCCCUCCUCUGGUACAGCCCUCUCCGCCGGUAGCUAGAGCUGCCCCAGUGUGUGAGGCUGUGCCAGUUCACCCACUCCCACAGGGCGAAGCCCAGGGGCUGCCCCCGCCCCCGCCCCCGCCCCCUCUGCCUCCCCCUGGCAUCCGACCCUCAUCACCUGUCACAGCUGCAGCUCUUGCUCACGCCCCCUCCGGGCUACAUGCAGCUCCACCUAGUGCCCCGGGUCCCCAGGUCCCAUUAAUGCCCCCGUCGCCCCCGUCACAAGCUGUACCUGCUUCUGAGCCAAAGCGCCAUCCGUCAACGCUGCCUGUCAUCAGCGACGCCAGGAGUGUCCUACUGGAAGCAAUACGAAAAGGUAUUCAGCUACGCAAAGUAGAAGAGCAGCGCGAACAGGAAGCUAAACAUGAACGCAUUGAAAACGACGUUGCCACCAUCCUGUCUCGCCGCAUCGCUGUGGAGUACAGUGACUCAGAGGAUGACUCGGAAUUUGAUGAGGUGGACUGGCUGGAGUAAGAAAGCGCGUUGGUAAAAACUGCACUGAAUGCACAUGUCCUUUGUGGUGCUUGUCCUUUGAGAAUGUUUGUCAUUCCAGUGUUUUGCUUUCUUUUCCUUAUGAUAAAUAACCCUUUUCCUCCAUAAUUUUUGAUUUCUAGGAAGAAUAUUAGCAUACAUUUCAAACUAAAUGUUUGACAGUGGCUUAUCUUUUUUAUUUUUCCCUGAAAAGACAUAAUUUUCAAAUAAACCACUAAGUAUUAAGCAUGGACAGCUGUUGUUAGAAUAGCAAAUUCAGUUUUUUGAUAUAUCUUAAUUGUGCGCUUUGUGAAUUUAAUUUAAAGAAAGCAACUGAGAUUUUGAGGGCAGCUGUAUCUGUAAUGAGCCUUAUUCCAUUUCCUGAUGUUUUAACAGAAGAAACACUGCAUUGAUAGUAAGAAUACACUCAGAAAGUACAGUAAGCUUGUAGUUUGAAUUCUCUUAAAGGAAUGCUUGAAUUUUUUAAAUUAAUGUUUUAUUGUUUUUAAAACUUGCCUUAUUUGAAUGUUUAGCAGUAUUCCCUUCCCACUUAUAUAUUGUGUGGUACAAUUUUGCCUGCCUAUAAGAAUUUUAAAAAUUUCCAUGUGAAAUACUCUGAUAUAAAUAUACAUGUAACUUACAUAACUGUUAAGAAUAACAGUCUGGUUUAAUAAAUGGUUCAUUUAAAGGUU